AAUAGGUUGCUCUCUACUGUGAGCUGUGUCAUCCUUACACAUAAAUGCCAGCGUUGACUUUCUAUAUUAUUCGCUUGUUUAAAUUGUCUCAAUACAUACAUCUCAACUAGUAUUGCUCAUAGUUUUAGCCAUCCAUCAUUAGCGAGCUAGUUUGACCAAAGGAAGCAUGGCUGAAGCCUUUGAUGAAAUCAAGGUGGCGUUCGUCUGCCUUGAAGAGAGCGUGCAGGCCGUGGCAGCAACCAUCCACGACUCCGGUGAGGUACCCGAAAGGUACAUCAGGCCGGAGAUCGAUGCCGAUCCCGUCAUCGCCGACGCCGGGAGUUAUACUCUGCCGACGAUCGACAUGUCAAGGCUGAUCAACCCCGAGUUCUCCCAGGAGGAGCUGGCUAAGCUCGGAUCCGCCUGUGAGCACUGGGGAUUCUUCCAGCUUGUGAACCAUGGAGUGGACCAAGUGCUGUCGCAACAGAUCAAGGCCGACGUCUCGGAGUUCUUCAGCCUUCCUCUGGAGGAGAAGUCAGCCGUGGCGAUACCGCCCAACGGUAUGCAGGGCUUCGGCCACCACUUCGUCUUCUCCAAGGAGCAGAAGCUCGACUGGGUUGACCUGCUGUUCCUCGCCACUAGGCCCGUCGAGGAACGGAGCCUGGAUUUCUGGCCUAAGAAGCCCUGUACCUUCAGGGAGACGCUUCACAAGUACACAACGGAGCUGGCAAAUGUAACUGAGCUACUGUUCAGGUUCAUGGCAGAGGACCUGGGAGUUGACCAUGAGGCACUCCUGGGCACCUUCAAGGGGCUGCCCCAGUCCGUGAGAAUCAACUACUACCCUCCCUGCCGUCAAGCCGACAAGGUGCUAGGCCUAUCACCUCACACGGACGGUAUCGGCAUGACAUUGCUCCUCCAUGUAAAUGAUGUGCAAGGACUGCAGAUCAGGAAGGAUGGGGAAUGGUUCUCCGUGCAGGCCCUGCCUGGAGCUCUCGUCGUCAACAUCGGCGACGUUCUCGAGAUAAUCACCAAUGGGAAGUACAAGAGCAUCGAGCACCAGGCGGUGAUAAACCCUGAAAAGGAAAGGAUCACGAUUGCAGCGUUCCACAGCGUGCACCUUCCCUGCACAAUCGGCCCGCUUCAGGAGCUAGGCGAUCCACGAUACAAGGCGAUAGACGGUUUUGAGUACACAAAGGGAUACUUCGCUGCAAAGCUGGAAGGGAGGAGGUACCUGGAGAGCUUGAAGCUAUAGUUAUAUGAUCAGAGUAGUGAUUGUAUUUUAGUGAACUUUUCUGCUCGCAGGUUGCUGAUAGUGUUUGUGCUUUCCUUUGUCUCAUGUCUUUGUUUUGGCGAAUUAUUUUGUCUCAUAUAUUUUGCUUUCAGAUGGAUGUUCUGUGUAAUUCUCUCAUAGCAUGGAUUUCUGACAAUUUUUAUGAACAAUAUAUUUUGUGAAUUUUUUGUUUUA